CACUUGUAAUGUUCAUUUUGAGGAUUAAUAUGAACUUGAUGCUUAUUUGAAAGAGUGUAUGACAAGUGAUGAUGUUGAGUUGGGAAUGAAAGAAAGUUCAAGAAUUAUUGGGGGACUUCUGCAAAGAUGAACAAAAUGAUUUUUAUUACUUCUGUGUUGGAUCCUCGUAAUAAGUUUGAGUAUGUUAGCUUUGCUCUUGAAGAGCUAUUAGGGAAAGAAAUGAAAAAAAAAGUAGGUGCUGAAGUAGAAACUUAUUUGAAGAAUUUGUUUGCUUUCUAUGUUAGGAAGUAUUCAAAAGGUUCUAAAAAUAAUCCAUCUUCAUCUGGAUACACUUCAUCUGACUCGUCUGGUUCAUCUAAUUCUGGUGUUCCUCAAAGCUUAAAAACAAACACUUUGAGAAAUAAGCUUCACAUGAAGAAAAAGUCAAAAGAUUGUGGUAGUAUUGGAGGUACUAAAUCAGAGUUGGAUAAAUACCUUGGUGAAGACCAAGAGCCUGUGCCCGAGCCUGGAUCCGAAUCUAAAUCUGAGGAUUUUGAUAUCUUAAAUUGGUGGAAAGUUAAUUCUCCUAGAUUUCCUGUCCUUUCACAGUUGGCUCAUGAUGUAUUGGCUAUUCCGAUGUCAAGUGUGGCAUCGGAAUGUGCAUUUGGCAUCGGUGGUCGUAUUCUUGAUCGAUUUAGAAGUUCAUUGACUUCUAAAUAUCUGCAAUGGCUUAUUUGUGUUCAAGAUUGGAUUCGACAAGAGACUAGUCCUAUUUGUGUUGAAGAAAAUUUGGAGUUUCUUGAGAAACUUGAACUCGGCAAGAAACUAAGAAUUUUGUAUUUUUGUGUGUUUUUUGAAAAAAAAUAAAAUACUUAUUUGUGUUAUAGUAUAAUAUAUUUGUUAAAUUUUGUUUUAGAGAUAACAAAAACUGGAUGAGAAUCUUGCAUUGUUGAUGUAUGAUUGCGAUUUGCUAGUACUUUGCUUGUUUGGUGAGCUCAAUACUUUGCUUGUUUGGUUAUAUCCUUUUAUAAAUUGUAAGUUAUAUUCUAAUUUUUGGUUCUAUG